AUGAUGGAAGAAAGCGAUUAUAUAGAGUUAAAACUAGAAGAGGAGAAACAAGAAAUUGAUGUAGAAUCAGCAGAAAGUUCACUGGCCCGGCGUCUAGAGAACAAUGAGACUUGGAACAUAUUAAAAAUGAAAAUUGUGCUACUGAAAAAAGAAAGUGG